AUGAUCACGCCUGUGUGGGACACGUUUCCUGCACAGUUAAUGCCUGGGUUCACCUCGCUAAUGUUAAAGCUACGUGACGGCUGUGACCAGACUGAAUUCCUCGACGAAAUGAGAUCAAUGGACCCCAGAUACUUAUUAUUCCUGAGGAAUUUGAAGGAAAUCUCUAUUACAGGCUCGCCUCCAGAUAACCCCACGUGGUCAAGCAUUCUGCGUCGGAGUGAGGUUCAAACUAGUGACGAAGCUCGUCGUACGACAACUUUGAGCUACGAUGAUAAGUCUGUGACUUACUUGGUCUGUCAGCAUAUUGCUAAUUCCCUGCCGUACGAGCUGAAACGCGGUGGGCGCGAGAAAUUCGCUAUUUUGUUGGCAUAUCCGGAAAUCGUUACUCAAGAGACCACUCUUGAGCCACAGCAGUUUCUCAUUCACGCUGACUUUCUGCUCAUCGCGAAUCGUGAGAACAUCGACAGCUCGUCCCAAUGGAACACCACACUUCGCGAAGCUAUUCUGGAUGCAUUCUUAGAAGAUGUUCGCCAUUUCCAUGACACAUACGUACCGAAACAUUUUAGAGACGAGAGCAACCUGCCCAUGGUUUUAAGCGUAACAACGAAAUCAAAAUACUUGUCGCACAAGUACUCGGAGUCUGAUAGCAAGCGUCUUAUGGACAUUGGCGUCACCACGCUGUUUGGAAAAGAGUUUCUUGGGGACCUCAAAACCUCUCUCUCAACCUGCGAUGCUGCCAUGCCCGAAGCGUGGCACUCCAAUAUAGCGAGGGUCCUGCUUCCAUUAAUUUCUAAUUUCGAACAAGCAAUAUCCGAACUCCCCAUCAUUCUGUUGAGUGACCAACGCCGGGUUGCAGCAUCUUCAGGUACAAUGUUCUUUCCGGAGAACAGAAUGGAUCAUCCAAUUCCACCAGGGAUUGAGGUAUUUGAGGUUCACCGAGACAUCCAAACCGAUCGCGAUUGUGAACGACUAUACACAAACCUCCGAGUCAAGCUGGUUUCCAUCCCUGCUGUCCAAGAAUUGAUUUUGGAGAAGCACUCACACCAGUUCCCAGAGCCAGCGCCGCCCCGUCUGAGUUAUCAUCCCAGACAAUCUAUCUCUUCAAGUCAGGGUGGAAGAAACCAACCAACCAGGUUCAGUUUUGGGUCGCCACAAAGACCGGAGCACUACAUCGUUCACGGGAGGUGCGAUCUUCCGCGGUGGAGAGCUUGGCUGAACGAACAACUUGGCAUGUGGAAGAUCCCCCGUCUUGUCAAGGAUUCUAGCAACAUUAUCAACGCAGAGUUGUCAGAAGACUUUCGCCGUGUUCUUGAGAAGCACCAUUCCCGGCAGUUCUUAGUGCUUCUGAAGGAGAAUUGGGCUAAAUGCUCUCAGCAUUUCCCCCGAAAUCAGCCUAUAACUCUGCAAUCUCAGUUGGCAUCAGUGUUUGUCCUUUGUAGUGAUGGCGAACGGCAUAAGUUGGAAACUCCAUCUACGGGAUGCUUCAUGCCAGAGAAUUUCCGCUCGGAAUACUCCUUCCUUCAGCCAGUGCUUGACAUUCCAAACCCGCAAGACCCCGGAUGGACUUUUCUAAAAGUGUUCGGAGUAAUCAUCAAUGAUGAUCUUAAUACCUAUCUCGGCAUCCUCAGGAGCAUUCAAGGCCGUGAAGUCUCCGUCGAGUCCGUGCGUUGGCUAUACGAUAAAAUUCAGGGUCGAUGUGAUGACAAUCCGACCCUUGUGUGUGACGAGUUCCAGCAGAACAAUCACGUUUACAUACCGAGUUCCUCUACUGAUGAAUGUCCACGUUGGGUCACGCUUAGCAACUGCGUGUGGAUAGGUCCUGGAUGCCUUACACAGUCCCAUGAGCUCAGCAAAAUCCAUGCCGACCACAGAAUACUCUUUAUGAAACACCUCAAGGUCAAAGAUGCCGAACUCGAAACUCUGGCAUCGGAAGCCAGGGCAGUCACAUCUUUCCCUUCUCUGUCGCAUAUCACUGACGUAUUCAAAGAGCUCAACAGAACUUCGCCCGACUCAGUAUCUAUGGAAGUUACGAACACAAUACAGAGUCUUCUAGCUCUCAGAAUCUUUCCGCUUGAUGAAGGAGGUGGCUCCGAUAGAGGCUUUGACGAGCUCUCCUCCGGCAUAAGAGAAUCCGAAUGGUACAUCGUCGAUCAAGCUCGCCUUCGGCAGUGCUUUCAAGGUGUAGUAUCUUUACCGGCUUUCACAGUGGAAGACGUGCAGAAAGCCACAAAAUUUAGUGGAGGAAAUGCAAGAGGCGAGGAGACUGACAUGCUAUGCCGUGGAAAGGCCAAGUUUUUCGACCGUCUGAUGCCUGACUCCGUACCAAGAAGGCAAGAGAUUCUGCACCGUUUGGAGAAUGUGGAAGUUUGGCACGCGGACAUUAUACUCCUAGGAUGGAGCGUCAAGACAAUCAGUCCUGCAUCGGGCAUUGCCCAUCAAGAAAACAAAUACCUGCUCGCUUCACCGCUAGUCACCUGGUCCCAAUACCAGAGCUCGUCUCCCUCCUGCUUCGCGUCCUGGAGCUAUUCGACACUAAAUUUCAUAUUUGUAGAUGCUCCAGACGAAGGCGACAAUCGGAACGAGAUCUUCUCUGCGCUUGAAGAGCUGGUCGGCUGCCCUAACACCAGUAUCAGACUCCAGCUCACCCGCUCCGGCAGAGUCGAGCUUGACAUCAGACUCCGAUUCGACCGAUACAACUUCCAUCGAGAGGUACUUUCGCCAACAGUGGAUAAUGAUAUUUCAAUACACGUAAAAGGUCUGAUGGAAGAAGACCCAAGGGGACGGUACAAGAAAUUGCGGCAGAGCACCAAAGAUCGCAUCGUGCACGAUAUGAAAGCAAAAGCCAGAGGCAUGUUCGUCUGGGCACAGUGUCAGUUAGAGCAGCUUUCGCGUAGCAUGUAUCCUUUCGAUCAUAAACGGGCUCUCUGGGCAUUGACCUGGCUGGCAGCGUUGUAUGGGUCCACGACUCUGGGGAUGCUUGCCGAAUCAUUCACCCUAGACCUUUACACUUUUGAAAUCGAUGAGAGCGAUCGAUUGGACGAUGCAGAAGAUAUCCUGGACGUUUGCUGGAGCCUAGUCUCAAUCUCGGACAUUGAAGAUAGGCCGAUUCACUGGAAAAUCAUGCUGGCACAUUUUACGGUUGUGCAGUAUCUGAUGUCACCCCAAGCCAGGUCCUUCAGACUCAUCCGAUGGGAUCUAACGGACCGUGAAGCCGAGGAAAUGCACAUUCUCGCCUAUACCUCCCUGUCGGUCUUUUGUUAUCUUCAAGAUCCAGGUGUUGAAACGGCCACCCUGCCUUUUUUGAUCAGAACUCUGCAGAACUCGCAGGGCUUUACUUAUUACGAAAAGAACUGUUCUCUGUUGGAGGCCUGGGAAAGUCUCGAAUCACAGGACUUUCCCAUAGGGUUCUCCCUUACAGAUAUCCCACUUCGAUCGGAUCUGACGAAAUACAAGAACCUCGACAGUCUGCUAGCAAUUAAUCACGGAUCAAGCGUUGUCUCGAAAGCUGUCGCAUAUGGUUUGCUUGACUUCGCCUGGGGCUUGAUUGGUGCUGGAAUAGACUGUGAUACAUACGAUUCUAACAUGCAGACGCCUCUGGAACUUCUAGUGUGGGCUAGCCCUGACAAACAUUUCCAGAGGCUUUUGAACCUUGUCCGGUCGAAUUUUGAGGACACCGAACCAAACAGUCAACCUGAUGCUCAAGGUAUUUGGAAAAUCAAACACAAAUAUCUUGGAGACAAGGCUGCUCACAGCAAUCAAACAGACGCCCCCGACCGGUUCGACAAAAUCCUCGAAGCAAUCAAGCACUGUCUGUUAAAUGUUGGACAGAAUGAGACAAUCAGAGCACGAUUCCAGAAAAUCAUGACUUUGGCGUCGAUCUUUAACUUCCAGGUCGCUAAUGAAGGCGCGUUCCAGACAUUGCUGGAUGUUGUUCGUCAAGGCCAUGGAUUUGAUCACGGCUCACAGAACUGUUAG